GGAAAGACGAACGCGGGAUUGUCCUGCGUGUCUGUCUAUGAGACGAGCGAUUCCACCAUGUGAUGACCCUGGGCGUCGUUUCGUUUCGGGGAGGCGCAGACGGCGGUUUUUCUUUUCUUUUUGGUCUUCACCCUCAUUCAUGGGCAUCGCCACUGUCCUGCUGGCGGGAUUGUUUGCGCGCAAGGUCAUGGCCGUCACACCAAGGGACACGCCACACAGGGGUAGGCAAAGCAGCGCUCACACUCACUCAGAGGCACCUGGCUGGCUGAGUGUGGUGAAGUGAAGUGAAUGGUUGAGUCUGUGUGUCUGCUGUUUGUUCUGUUCUGUUGGUGCAGGGGAGGGGCGAAGCGUCUCAGCGCCUCCACGCCGGACCAGCGAUGUGUUCUCUGCUCGUUCAUCGUCGUCUCGGCGGCGGACGGCGCAGAUGCAGUCGCUAGACGCACCUGCCGAGAGCCGAACACACGUGGCCGGAAGACACACUCACGCCAAACCGGACUUCAGCGGCAAGGUCGGUGCCUGGCCUUCGGGAUGCGUUGGUCGUGCUGCGUCAGUGUGUGUGUGUGUGUGUGUUGGUUGCAGUGGCGUCUGGUUCGCAACGAGGGGCUGGAGGACUUCCUGCGUGCGCAGGGCUACAGCUCGCUCAAGAUCCGCCUGGCCCGCGCCAUCACUCCGGUGCAGGUGAUCCGCCAGGACGGCUCGCGGAUCCUGAUAGAGCACCACACGACCUACGGUCGGCAGCUGGAGGCCAUGAGCAUCGGGGGCCCGCCCUCGACCAACAAGGGACACGACGGCAAAGUCACAUUCGACACGGCCAGAUGGGACGGACACAAGUAAAUUAACAGAUCCCAUUCUGAUUCGUUCGUCGAAAUAGCCAUCCGUUGUGAAUGCCUUGUGUGGUGCUCUGCUCGGUUGUCUGUCUGUCUGUACGUGGGUGUAGGUUGUUCAUGGAGCGUCGCUAUGGGCAUCACGGUGCCCCGACGGCCCUCACAGCUCUCCGGCAGCUCUCACACGACGGCAGACACAUGACAGUGGUAAGUAAGAAGCAAACAAGACACAGUUCACUUGAUGGCCAGCCAUCCACCCACACGUCAUACGUGUCGCUGCUGGCUGUCUGUCUGCCCGUCUGCCUCAGCGUCUGACCACGGCAAGUGGCGCAGAGAUGCGGCGCGUCUUCCAGCGUGACGUCCGCUUGCCACACCCCCCCUCCCCCUCCCCCCACCACCAGCACCCCUCCCUCCUCACCAACGUCAGCUCGUCAUGCGGCGUCGCCCCGCCGCAAACGUACGGGCGCUUCUUCCCCCAGGACCUCCCGCUGCCCCGAUUCCCCUUCGAGCACACGCACAAUUCGCGGCAGCCUUCGGCGGCAACAGCCUGCUCGUCAUCGCAACAGGCAGAUAGCAGCAGCAGCAGCAGCCCCUCUAUUACAGCCGUCUGGGACAGACUCGUGAGAGGGUUCACCGGCGGGUCACCCCAGCUGGCCGCAAACGGCCCAUUCUCGGCGUUCCAGCAGUGGCGGCGAGAUGGCGGGCAGUUUGCUCACAUGUGGGGGCAGGCGAGGGCGGCCAGCUAACAGACAGUGAUUUGUCUGUCGAUCAGUGUGGGGGGUGGGAAAUGAGGUGGGGAGAGGCCUGCCAGCGGCGGGCGGGACGUUUUUGGUGCGUGUAAUUAUUGCAUGGGAUGAAUGAGUGAGUGAUGUUUGCUUUGUGUGUAGAGGAGGGCUGGGUGGCGUGCAGUGCCUCGUAUUGAUGACGUUGGUUGAUGGGGUGAUUUGUAUAGGGCGAUGGAUGGAUGGAUGUGUCUGUGGGCGGAGUGGCCAACGAAGUGAUAGGCUGACUCGUCAUGGUUCAGCACUACUCGACAACGUGACUGACACCAUCAUCAAUCAAUCGCGUCAUCGAGAC